AGUGGCCACACCUGCAGAGGUCAGAGGCAGCAUGAGCGCCCUGGGCAUCACGGUGGCCCUGUUGGCCUGGGUGGCCACUCUGCUGCUCAUCUCCAUCUGGAAGCAGAUCUACAGCAGCUGGAGGCUGCCCCCAGGCCCCUUCCCACUGCCCAUCGUCGGGAACAUUUUCCAGCUGGACCUCCGCAACAUCCCCCAGUCCUUUGGCAAGCUGGCUGAGCGCUUUGGGCCUGUGUUCACUGUGUACCUGGGCCCACGCCGUGUCGUGGUCAUCCACGGCUACAAGGCCGUGAGGGAAGUGCUGCUCAACUACAAGAACGAGUUCUCUGGCCGAGGAGAAAUCUUCGCGUUCCAGGAGCACAAGGACAGAGGCGUCAUCUUCAAUAAUGGACCAACCUGGAGGGACACACGGCGGUUCGCCCUGACCACCCUCCGUGACUAUGGGAUGGGCAAGGAGGGCAAUGAACAGCGUAUCCAGAAAGAGGCCCACUUCCUGCUGGAUGCCCUGCGCAAGACCCAGGGUCAGCCCUUUGACCCCACCUUCCUCAUUGGCUGUGGCCCCUGUAAUGUCAUCGCCGACAUCCUCUUCCGAAAGCAUUUUGAUUACGAUGACAAGAUGUGUCAGAGGAUGAUGCACUUGUUCAACGAGAACUUCUACCUUCUCAGCACACCAUGGCUGCAGCUUUAUAAUAAUUUAUCAAGCUACCUACGUUAUCUGCCUGGAAGCCACAAGAAAGUGAUGAGAAAUGUGUCUGAAAUAAAAGAGUACGUUCUAGAGAGGGUGAAGGAGCACCACAAGUCGCUGGACCCCAACUGCACUCGGGACUUCACGGACUGCCUGCUCUUGGAGAUGGAGAAGGCAAAGCAGGGCCCAGACCCUGGGUACACACUGGAUAGCAUUGCUGUGACUGUGGCCGACCUGUUCUUUGCGGGGACAGAGACCACCAGCACCACGCUGAGAUAUGGGCUUCUGAUUCUCAUGAAGUAUCCGGAGAUUGAAGAGAAACUUCAUGAAGAAAUUGACAGGGUGAUCGGACCGAGCCGCAUCCCCGCCAUCAAGGACAGGAUGGAGAUGCCGUACAUGGACGCUGUGGUGCACGAGAUCCAGAGGUUCAUUGACCUCGUGCCAUCUAACCUGCCUCACGAAGCGACCAGGGACACGGUGUACAGGGGCUAUGUCAUCCCUAAGGGCACUGUGGUGAUCCCUACACUGGACUCCCUCUUGUACGACAAACAGGAGUUCCCAGAUCCAGAGCACUUUAAGCCGGAGCACUUUCUGAAUGAAAAUGGGAAGUUCAAAUACAGUGACUAUUUCAAGGCAUUUUCUGCAGGAAAGCGGGUCUGUGUGGGAGAAGGCCUGGCACGCAUGGAGCUUUUCCUGUUCCUGUCUGCCAUUUUGCAGCAUUUUGACCUGAAGUCCCUGGUGGACCCCCAGGACAUCGACCUCAGCCCCAUUGCCAUUGGAUUUGGCAAGAUCCCCCCCCACUAUAAACUCUGUGUCAUACCCCGCUCCUGAGCAGGAGGCAAGCUCUGCAGAGCCCGGGCCCCAUGAUGUGACACAGGCCUUGGCUCCUCUGCUCCCAGCUCCCCCAGGGCACCCUUGCAGCCCAGGGGAGGCUCUCAGGCUCUGGGAAGAGACAGAGCAGAGAUGUGCUGUCCAGUCAGAUUGCAGACACUUAGGAAGCAUAAGACAAAAAUGUGUGUGAAACUAAUUAAAUGAACUAAAACAAA